GCGUCUAGCUACACGAGACUAGUUAGGUGUGACGGGACUCGCGUCUCUGCUGUUGAUGUGCUCAGAUGACUUCUUUAACGUACCACAGAAGAUCAUCUAAAAAUUCUUCUGGUGUGAUUAAGGAUUUACAACAGCCAUGGAUUGUAUGAACCUGAAAGUGUUCUUCAUGUCUCUACUUCUUUUUGAAGCCUCCUGUUUCACUGAGGUUGAGAUUGUUCCCAGAGAGACAGUCACUGGGUUUUACAGUGAGGCACUGAUUCUCCCCUGCACAUUCCCUGUGGACAGUUCAUGGGAUCUGAGAAGCACCCUCAUCCUCUGGCAGCGUGGAAUCGAUGUUGUUCACAGCUUCUACUGCAGCCAGGACCAGCUCGACCGUCAGAAUCGGCAUUAUGUGAACCGCACCAGUCUGUUCGGUCAGGAGAUGGCAGGAGGAAACGCAUCACUCAAACUGGACAGAGUCACUGUUUACGAUGCCGGCAUGUACACAUGCUCCGUCAACACAAACACUGGCAGCCAGAAGAAGAGCUUUGCAGUAAAAAUUGCAGCCUUCUACUCUGAACCUCGUCUGCAGUUCUCCAUGUUAACUGAUGGAGUGAAUCUGCUAAUGACCUCAGAUGGUGGUUACCCUUCUCCUACACUGCAGUGGCUGAGGGGGAACUCAGACAUCACUAACCAGACACAAACACGCCUCAUGCAGGACACACAGACAGGACUUUAUGUUGUGUCUAGUUUUAUACAUUUCACCGAAGUCACAAACUCCUCUCUGACAUUCAUACUACACAAUAAACCCCUGGGACAAGACAUUAGGAGAGACAUCCAGCUCUACUCAGGUAAGAGUGAGAUGCACGAAGAGUCGUCAUACAGAUAUCAUGAAUGGUUCAUAUUGAUCCCUGUUUUUCUGCUGCUGCUGCUGCUGUUGAUCAUUAUGAGUGUAUUAUUUGUGUUCAUUACAAGAAGAAGAAGAAGAGAACAGACCAAACUAAAUGCCUUUACAGAAAUGAGACACCCUAGUAAAGUUCAAAUUCUUAAUGGAAAAAGUUCAAUGUGUCUAUAAUGGUUAUGUUACAAAACCACUUCGACUAGCAGUUAUCUUAUGAAACUUCUGAAAGAUGUUUUAUGAUUUGAAAGACAGACAACAGCAUUAUAUUUUUACACUAUAUAUAUAUUAUGUUAUAACCAUGGCAGCUUUAAACAAAUAGUAUAUAGUUUAUUAGUGUUACAUGACCUGAUCCUUUACAAAACUGUAUGUAACAUUUCAAUCCAGCAUUCUAAUGAUCGGAAAAACAGAUAAUUGUAGUGUCUCUCCCAUCUAAACUAAACAGAUCUAUUUUGGUGUUAAACAGACCCAGAAUUUGUCACUCAUAACAUUAUGUAAGGUGCAGUGUUUUUUUUACUUCAAAAUUCAAGAUUCAUUUCCAUUAGCAAUUUGAAAACCUUUUUUUUGUUUGUUUGUUUGUUUGCUUUUAUCUGCUGGCAGGGUGACAUUGCAGUACAUUAACAGCAUGUUUGCUACACUAUUUAUUGAAUAUGGUUUCUGGAUGGAAUUUAAGGGUUUUUUUUAUUCAUUUUAAUAAAUGAAUUUUAGGUUUUUAAAUUCAUUAAACCUUUUUUUACUGUAAGCUAUGUUGUAUUGAGAUUUCAAUUAGUGUGGACUGUAAUUCACUCUAUGUACUAAUAUUCCAAUGUUCUAUUCAGAAUAGUCAUAUUUACACCUGUAUUCGGUGUAUCUUGUUACAUCAAGGAAACCCUGCAGAAUAAAAUACAUGUUUGGAAAGUA